UACAUCGGUCGUCUUAUUGGACCAAAUGGAAUAACCAUAAGAGAACUGCAAUUGGAAACCCGAUGCCAUAUCGCCGUCCGUGGCAGAGGGAGCAUCAAGGACAGUAAGCUCUUCCGUAAGAUGCGUCACAAACCCGGCUUUGGUCAUCUGAGAGAGGACACCCACGUGCUUGUGGAGGCCAAGGGCACGAUCACGAGGCCAAGGGCACAUCACGCGUCGAGUAAGUUCAACGUUUUAUGCCGAACAUUGAUCGAGAAGGCGAAAAAACGUAUUGCUGAUAUGUUCACUCCGGAUUCGAACUCACACUGA